AUGUUUUUCACAUUGGGAGUCAUGAUCAUUCCUGGUAUUGCUUAUUUGAUUCCUACAUGGCAAGGCAUCCAGUUGGCUAUUUCUUUGCCAAAUUUCCUCUUUCUUCUUUAUUACUGGUUUAUCCCAGAAUCUCCGCGCUGGUUGUUAAUACGUAAAAAGAAAGACAAGGCUGUGCGCAUCAUUAGUGACAUUGCGAAGCACAAUGGGAGAUGUCUUACUCCAAUCUAUUGCCAGAUAACUGUAUCUGAUGAAGAAGUUACCAAUCCUGCAUGCAUGGAUCUGGUCAGAACUCCACAGAUGAGAAAGUGUACAAUAAUUCUUAUGUAUGCAUGGUUUACAAGUGCAGUUAUCUACCAGGGUCUUGUUAUGCGUCUAGGGAUUGUAUCUGGGAAUCUAUAUACAGAUUUUUUUAUUUCUGCUGUGGUGGAGUUACCGGCUGCUGUUCUUAUUCUAGUCUCGAUUGAUCGCAUUGGGAGGAAACUUCCAUUUGCAUUGAGUAAUGCUGGAGCAGGAAUAGCUUGCCUAAUAACUGCUGCAAUACCAAAAGAUGUCAUGUGGCUUAAAAUAACGUUGGCCACACUAGGACGACUGGGAAUCACAAUGGCUUUUGAAAUAGUAUACUUCAUUAAUACAGAACUUUAUCCAACACCACUGAGAAAUUUUGGUGUAUCGUUAUGCUCAGGAAUGUGUGAUUUAGGAGGAAUUAUUGCACCGUUUCUGCUAUUCCGAUUGGUUGAAAUAUGGGUGGAGCUGCCGCUCAUUAUAUUUGGAAUCCUUGCUCUCGUAUGCGGCGGUCUUGUUAUGUUGCUACCUGAAACAAUGGGAAUAUCCUUGCCAGAAGAAACAAUUGAGGACGUGGAAAAUCUUGGAAAUCUUGCAAGGUAA